AGGUACUUGAAGGACGGCUGUGUUGUGAUCUCCUCUGAGGAUCUCAUGGAUGCUGCUAUGCCCUGCUAUGUCAUGAAUAGAUAUGACUUGGUUGCCUAUGCAAAUCGCGAUUCUGUUCCCUUUCCAGAUUUCUAUAACAUCCCAGAAGCGCGAACCGUCGCUCGCGGUUCACUUCGCUACAAGCGCAAUCCAGCUUUCGUGGUAGCCCUAGGGGCUCAAUCUAGGAUGGCUGCAGUAAGACAAGAAAGAGCAGUUGCAUGAUGGUAUGACCUGGGGGGGAGAUCCGGCGGAAGGCUGUUGGGGGCCGAACUAGGUCUCUCGUAUCCAAGAUCAAACAGACCGUCCACUUCUCAAAUGUUGAGGAGAGCGAGCGCGUGGUUUCUGGCAUGAGAUGAAUGUGUUAUCCUCCGACAAGGCCGAAAUCGUUGACUCCAACAUCCUAGACACCCCGUGUGCACGGCUGGAAAAGCUCAUGAGCGUUGGUCCUGGCGAGCGUGAUAUGGUCUUGCUGCAGCAUAAGUUCGUCGUUAAUUGGCCUUAUGGAACAAAAGUAACUCCCCAUUUGAAGGUCUCUAUUGUCGUCUUUUGGAGAAUCA